GUUGCGCUGCUGAUAAUGCCCGGAACCCGAGCAGAGGACUGCGGGGUGGGAGAAUACCUACACGAAGGUCGCUGCUGCGUAUCUUGUCCAGCAGGUACUUAUGUUGCUCAGCACUGCACUGCUUCGCAUUUGAGAGGAAGAUGUGUCCCUUGCACCGAAGGAGAGGGUUAUACUGCCCAUGAGAACGGCUUGGAAGAAUGCUUGCCGUGCAGACAGUGCAAAGAGGAUCAGAUAACUUUGAGACCCUGUACUCUGAUGCGUGAUACUGAAUGCCAAUGCAAACAAGGGUAUUUUUGCCCUGCCGAGGGCUGUGAAAUAUGUCAGAGAUGCAGUACAAUGUGUCCGGAAGGGAAAGAAAUUGUGCAGAACUGCAAUGCUACUAUGGACCUAGGAUGUGGCUUACCCGAUCAAGGAAGCACAGCUCUUGUUUGGAUUAUUGUCAUUGUUGUAGUGGCUGCUGUUUUUUUGCUGUUCUUUGUAAUUAGAAGGUUGAAGAGUGAUAAAGCUACUUCAACUGAUAAAGAUGUAGAGAAAGGUCUGGAUUCUGAGGGUGGUACUGAAAGCCUCAUUUUACCACAAGUGGUGACACCUGCAAAUAACACAGCCAACCCAGAGGGUGAGAAUUCGGGUGAGAGCCCAGAGCACCAAGCGCAAACCAACAUUAACUUGGAAGUAAAAACCACAUCACCAGAGGAAAACAGUGUUGCGCUUUCUGAGCGGGGCACCCUCCUGCGCAGGGGCUGGAGGUGCCAUGUGAAAAGGUGCUGGAGGAGGAUUGCAGAGUCUUCACUACCAGCAAAAACUGGGCAGAAUCCUGCUUUUCAUCAGAACACCCCAUCUAAUGUACCAAGUGGUAGGAUGCCAGUAAAUCGUAUGGUACGAGAACCAAAGUGUCGAAUAAUUGUUAAAGAUCUCUCUCAAAAAGAACUGAGAGAUAGCUUUUGGGCCUUUAUAAAUGAAGUACCACCAAAAAAAUGGAAGCAGCUCAUGAGAACUCAUCUGCAUGAAAAUGCUAUUGUUAAAAUUAUUUAUGACUUUCCUAAUGAUACAGAAGAGCAAUCUUACCAGAUGCUUCUCAUCUGGAAAAACACACUGGGAGAGAAACAAUCUAUUAUUAAGUUACUGGAGGAGCUAUGGUAUGUAGAUACCAAGGCUUAUGAUAACGUAUUGAACACUUUAAAAAGUAAUAACAUUAUAAGUAAAUUAGAAGCUACAGAGUAA